AUGACGAUAGUGUGGAGACCAGCAAGACCGUUCUCAGUUAGGGUGCUUGGAUCUAAUCUAUUCCAAUUUCUUUUUCAGUUUGAGGAAGAUAAGGCAAAGGUCCUGAAAGGAAAGGCUUGGAACUUUGAUGGCCUGUACUUGAUCCUUAAAGAGUUGAAAAAAGGCAACAUAGAUUUCACUGAUGAAGAGAUGAAAGUGGAGCUGUGGGUUCAGAUUCAUAAACUCCCUUUGCAUUGGAUAUCUGCGGAGACAGGCAUGAAAGUGGGGCGGUUAUUUAGCAAUGUCAUUGAUGUAUUAGCGCCAGGAGUAGGCUCGAACAAUGGAACAAUUGUCAAGAUAUUGGCUGAAAUCCGAAUUUCAGAGCCUUUGUUAAGGGGCACUAAAAUCAAAUUGGUGACUGAAGAGCAUUGGAUCGAGUUUAGGUACGAGAAUCUCCUUGGUUUCUAUUUCUACUGCGGGAGAAUCGGGCACAGUGAAAGACAAUGUGAGGUGAAGAAGGAUGAUAUCCAGAGGAAUGUUAUGAAAACUGAGCAGUAUGGGGAUUGA